AGAUCACUGCGGUAUCUUAGCAACCAGAAUAACAGUUGAUACUGCUUCUUGGCAGGUGACUGGGGGAAUUUAACUAUCGAUAAAGCCUUCGCUAGAAAAGAAAAACAAUCAUAGCUUCGGUGCAAAGCAGAUUGUCAAUCAGUCAUCAACAUGAGCCAAGUCGGGAACACGGAGGAAGAACUGGCGGAGGACAAGCCUUCCGUGGAGUCUGAAAACCGAGAGGAGAGAUUAGCCGCACGUCGUCUGCGUAUUGAGGAGAGAAACCGCAAAGCGCUUGCCGAUGACUCUGAGGAGGAGAAACAGAUCAAAGAAACCAGAGAGAGUCAGAAGCAGGUGGAGGAGAGCGAGGAGCGAAUGAUUAAACUCCAGCGAGAUGGGACGGACCUGCUGACCAACAUUCAAGUAGCGGCUGAUUUUAGGGAGUCCCAGAGGCGAAUGGAGGAGGACGAGGCCAGGAGGCAGAGAAUCGAGAAGCUGGAGAACGAGGUCAAGACGAGCCUGGAGAAGUUCGGGGAGAUCACGGAGAAGUGGACGGUGGCCCGGGCGAAGGAGAUCCCCCAGGACCUGCGGGACGCGCUGAUGAGGCAGCAGCAGCUCUGCGCCCUCCUCAUCGAGGACAAGAACAAGCUCAUCAACGACCUGCAGGAGGAGCUGAAAACGUGCGACAAUCUGUACGUGAAAGACCUGAAGAGACAGGGAGAGGAUGUGGACCUCAUGAUCGACAGGAUGGAGGAACAGAUAAAGAACCUGAUGAAGUCCUACAAGGAGGAAUAUGAGAAGAUUGAGAAUUCCUUCGAGAAGGAGCGCGCGGAGCUUCUGCACAGGAACCGCACGGAGUGGGAGCAGAAGAUGAAGGAACGCCGGGACAAGGAGGUGGAGUACCUGAUGCAGCGGAUGAAGAAGGUGGAGGAGAGCGAGAUGAUGCUGAACAAGCUGAGGCUGGACGACGCAGAAGAGUGCAACGCCAUCAAGACCAAACUGGACAACGAAGUGCAGGUCCUGCAGCAGCAGGUGCAGCAGAUGAAGGCCACGUAUCACCUGAACCAGGAGAAGCUGGAGUACAACCUGCACGUGCUGAAGAAGCGCGACGAGGAGAACACCAUCACCAAGACCCAGCAGAAGAGGAAGAUCACCAGGCUGCAGGACACGCUGGGCAAUCUGAAGGCGCGCUGUGCGAAGCAGGAGAAGCAGGCCCGCGAGGAGAAGCAGUCCAUCACCGACGACUACAAGCGCAUCGUGCAGGAGAACAAGCACCGCGAGAAGAAGAUGAAGCACUUCUCGGCGGUGGAUGCGCGCAAGUUCGAGGAGAUCUGGCUGAUGAACGAGGCGGAGGUGAAGGCGCUGGUGGAGCGGGCCCUGGAGAUGGACCGGCUGGUGCACGAGCAGUACCUGGGCCUGCCCUGGGAGAGGCCCUCCACCGCCUUCAUGGAGCGCUCGGGCCCCGUGGUGCCCCAGCUGCACCCCUCCAGCCCCGCCGCCCCCGGCCUGCCCGCCGCCCACGCCUCCUCCUCUUCCUCCUCUUCCUCGGAGGAGGAGGCCGCCGCCGCCCGGCCCGACGGCGUCUCCGUGGCAGCGGUCAAGAGGAUUCUGGAACUGCUGUGCGACGAGGCGGGUUUUCUGAUUGAUAGUAAGGUUGUGAAGCUCCUGGCUCCGUUGGACAAAGAUGAGAAGAAUCUUAUGAAGCUUGACAUUAUCCUCUCGUCCAUUGGGAUCGAGAGAGAAGAGGACAUGUACAAGCUGGCGGAGUUCUUCAAGAAGUAUGGACAGCAGCGGAAGAACCGCGAGACCACUCCAGAGGAGGAGGCGGAGCUUGAGGCAGAGGGCGCUAUGGCAGAGGGCAGCCAGCAGGGGGAGUCUGCCUCCAGCGGCCACACCUGGGAGCUCAUUCACCCCAACGACGUCCUGGGAGCACUGCGGGCAUUUACUGCGGAACACUGCAAGCCCAGGGAGACCAAGCAGCAGUCCAAGAUCCUGAGCCUGGACGACAGGGACGAGUCGGAGGACGGGAUGUUCUGGGAGUCGGCCGCCAACAUCAUCCCCGAGGCCAAGCUGAAGCUGUGGGACACGCUGGAGACCGCGCUGGAGAAGUACCACGGGGUGCUGAACGAGAGGGCCCAGCUGCUGGAGGACACGCAGCACCUGAAGGUGCAGAACGAGGAAAUGAGACAGCUGCUCCGCAAACACUGCAACUCCAAGAUCAACAGCGAAUUACUGAUCCCGCCGACGAAGAUGAUUCAGAUUUCGCCCGAGUGACGUCAUCACUGAGUGAACGCAUGAAAUUCCUACCAACGACUGCCGAUUAAAAAUGGAGGGAAAGAAGGCUUGUGUUCAACUUGUAAUAUUUCAAGUCUGUUUGAAUCUCUGUUUUUCACAAACAAAAGUGACAAAAAAUACAAUAAAUAGGAAAAAUGAUUGCUGAA